UACCACUGUCCCUGUGGACAAUUAACUUCACAUAAACCACUGUGCACAGCACACACAUUAUUACACACACCCCCACAUGCACACACACAUAUAUAUAUAUAUAUAUAGACAACCGUACAUACAGUCAUUAUGCAUGGAUGUCUUGAUGCAAAAACCUUGUCCUCCCAACACUGCAUGUGUUUCCGAGAAAGAACGAACUUUGACAUAAUGAUCUUCGGCGCAAGGUAAUCUGGGAGCAUGUACUGCAACGUUUGGGCCUAAUUUUAACAAGUGUCCCUGAAGAUCGGCCUCUAUAAAAGCUUUGGAAAAAAAGAAACAUAGGUGAGUGUACAAAUACAAGGAGGUUGGCAGAAGUGUCUCAAAUAGAUGUAAUCACGCUGAGAAGCAGGGAUGUCAAAACAACUUGCAAGUUUCCGAAGACUAUGAAACCAUACAGAUCUCUCUGAGGCUCAGUUAACAGUAAGUGGCUUUUCUCUUUUAUAAAAUGUUUGGCAUACAAAUGCAUUUGCAUGCAAAAGGAUGUAGCAUUUGAACUGAACAUCAUCACAUCACACAUCAUAAUGAUCAGAAAUUAGGGAAAAUUUGAAUUAAUGUUACAAAGUGGUGCAACAGUUAUAAAAAGAAACCAGGCUAAUAAAGGCAAAUAGUUUAUUUGUUUAAGCAAAAUAAAUGGUUAUUGACUAUUCAUUUAAUUGGGAUUAAAUUGAGAAAAAAAAUGAACUACAAGAUUUAUGAAUUUAAAAACUUGAUUCAUCUAGUGAAGUCCAAAACUACACCAUACAUCAUUUAAAAUAUUUUAUUUCAGAAUGGGCCAGACCAAUUCUGAUAUUGAGAUCAACAAUAACUCUUAAAUUUUCUGCAAAGUUUAGGUCGUUCACCACACGAGUGGUAAUGAGUCGCUGGCGGCAGUCAGUAGUGGAAAUCCAAACCAGAAAGAGGCAGGUGAAUGAAUGCGAGCGGGCACAGGCCGCCCUAAGCAAAGUGACAGCCUGCUUCCAGCAAAUGGCCACCUCCUUGGGGAGCAACAUGGAUGGGAGCUUCCUUAGAGAGGAGCUGGAGGAAACCAGGACAGUAGCUCAUAAAAUAUGUUCAGGGCUUCACCAGAGGCUGCUAAGUCUUCUGAUAGAAAUGGAGCAAGGACAGGAGGACAAAGAACAGGUUGAACGACUUUGGGUGAUCUUUUUGUCCAGCUUGGAAAACUUCCAGCAGGACCUAAAGAAGGUCAAAGUCUUGCAAGAGAUGUUCCCUCUGACCCAGCGCAAAGAUCGACGAGCCCUCGUCAACACAGGUUAUGUAGGUGGAACUUCGGAAGUAGCAGCUCGGGCAGCCAUGGUACAAACGUCAUGGUUAUCAGUAGAGGAGACUGCAAGCCCAGACCUGAAGAACCACAUAGUGGAGAUUGAUGUUCUGCUUGAAGAAAUGCUUCAAAGAGUUAAUGUUCCACUGUGGUCUGUUGAACCCACACAAGAAGCCUGGUUAGAAGGUGUUUCUAACCAAGAUGGUGGGCAAGAAGAGGAUGAAAGCUUGGAGGACAUAAUGGAAGUGGAGGUGGUGUCUCAAAAUAAUACAUCAGGCUGUUGUAAUCACCACAGCUGCAAAGUAGGCUGUCUACUAUGCCUGCUUAGCUAGGUUCUGGAACUAGGUUAAAUUAAAGUUUUGAAAUUGAUACGUAUUCUGCAAUAACAUAGGUUAAAAUUGCCGACAACAAUACAUAAACCUUUUAAUUCACUAUAGAACAUUUUUCAGACUAUAUUCUUACCCGAGUUGUGUGCUAAACUUUUAUAUUGUAAAUAUUAAAAAUAAAUAAAACAAAAGCAAUUUUUUAACA